AUGAAGAUCAACAGUAGGGAAACAUGGAAUCCUCAUCAUGGAGAUAAUACUUGUCUGCAUCCUGUUGUAGCAAGUGGUAGAGAAUUGGAGCACGAGGCGGUGAUAAUUGGGGGUAUGGUGUUGGAUAUUCAUGCCGCACCUUCCAUCCAUGCAAAUCCAGGAACUACUACCCCUGGCAAGGUCUUCUAUAUGCAAGGUGGUGUGGCAAGGAAUGUAGCAGAAUGCAUGUCAAAGCUAGGAGCAAAGCCAUAUAUGAUUAGUGCUCUUGGCUUUGACAUGGCCGGCAACCUACUGUUGGAACAGUGGAAAACUACUGGCCUAUCAAAAGAAGGUAUAUUGAAGAAUAAAGAUAUUGAAACUCCAGUCGUAUGCAAUAUAUUUGAUGUUAAUGGCGAGGUAGCUGCUGGUGUUGCUAGUGUGGAAGCUCUUGAAAAAUAUUUGACUCCUGACUGGAUUUUACGCUUCAAGAGCACUUUACUUUCUGCUCCAGUGUUGAUGGUCGAUGCAAAUCUAAGUGGUCCUUCCCUCGAAGCUUCUUGUAAAAUGGCAGCUGACACGGGGUGCCCUGUCUGGUUUGAGCCGGUGUCAGUUACUAAAUCCCGAAGAAUUAGUAAUAUUGCCAAGUAUGUAACUUUUGCUUCCCCAAAUGAAAAUGAACUUAUUGCGAUGGCAAAUGCUUUAUCCGGUAGCGGCGAGUUCCACUCACUUAAAGAAAAUCAUAAGAAAGAUAACCUAUCAAUCGGAUCUUUGUUUCAAAUACUGAAACCAGCAGUGUUGGUUUUACUAGAAAAAGGCAUUAAAGUGGUUCUAGUGACCUUAGGCUCAAGUGGAGUGUUUUUAUGCAGUAAAGGAGGGCCAAGCUGCUUUAAAAUUCCCGUUGCAAAAACAAAUCGGAACAAUUUUAGUGGACAAUUAUACAAUGCUGUUAUGCAUAACUGUCCACCUAAUUGUUAUUCAGGUUUUACAGAACAUGAUAGAAGCAAUCGUGUCUUUGCUGUGCAUUUGCCUUCACUCCCUGCUUCAGUUGUGAGGCUCACCGGGGCUGGUGAUUGCUUGGUUGGUGGAACACUCUCAUCAAUUUGUGCAGGAUUAGAUAUUAUGCAAAGUGUGUCUGUUGGCAUUGCAGUUGCUAAAGCUGCUGUUGAGGUGGAAUCAAAUGUCCCUUCUGCUUUCAGUUUAGCUGCCAUUGCUGAUGAUGCCAAGUCUGUUUUUUGUCAUGCCAAAGUGCUGUUUCACCAAUCAAUGCUGUAG